UUCUCACAAGAUCAAGAUAAGUAGUUUACUAAUGAUCGUUAUUUCACACUCGUAAUGAUUAUAACGAUAUUAUUAAAUAGUCCGCUUUGAACUAGUACGCAUCGUUUGUCUGCGGAUAGGAGUAAGAUAGCACUGUAAAAACUUUCUGUAUGUAUCGUUAUUCCGUGGCCGCUGGUUUCCCCAAUGGCUUCGCCUUCCUAUCGAAUUUCUUCUACACAUGGUUCGAGCUCGUCUUGUUCGCGUGAAGACGCUCGAUUAAACAAACAAAUAAAAAGGAAAAGAUGAGGGGUGUCAGGAAAAAAAAGAAAGAAAGUUGCUGAACACGUCGCGGAAGAUUUCCUUUGUUGACGUUCGUCCCACACUCCUACCCACGAGAACGGUUUCGUAGAAGGCAAUCGUGAUAUGUCGCCGUCAGACGCGGCGGAUCGUCAACAAUACGCUGGUCUGACAUAACCUUCAAAUCCCUCUGUGAUCGCAGUACGCUUCGGUGGCGUCAGGGUUUUAACGUCAACUGUCUCGAAUGUGUAGAACAAAAAAUCAUCAUCUUCGCAGCGGAUGCUUAGAAAUUUUUGGACUUUUUCACCGCACGUAAAUUACAAACUCAAACGCGUAUGAUGAUAAGGGCUCGUUAGUAUGCUGGAUAAGCGGCGGCUCCAUGCCUCUGGUUCAUCGCCAUGCACCCUGGUUUUCGUGGCUGCUCUGGCGCUGAUUGGAUGUUUUUCAUUCUGGUUGCACAUCGACGGAUCCAGGUCCCCAACGCCGUACGCCGUCGGUCCGUCGUUGCCAGGAUAUCUGCUCAUAUAUCCUGGAAACGCGACACCCUCCUCCCAGCCGUACUUAAUGAACGAGCUUCCACCCGAUGACAGGUCCACGUUGAUCGACAUCAAGGACUUUAGGUUCACGAUCAAUCACGAUACGUGCAACAGAACGCAACCGUUUCUGUUGAUGCUGAUACACUCCGCGCCGGAGAACACGCUGAAGAGGGCCAUAAUCAGGGAGACCUGGGGCCAGCAGACCCAGGACGUGGCGUUACACUUUCUGGUUGGCUCAUCCGCGGAGCACCAGGCCAGCCUGGACGAGGAGAAUAGGAGAUACAAAGAUUUGGUACAAGGCAACUUUCACGAUGUCUAUAGAAACAUGACUUACAAGCAUGUGAUGGCGUUGAAGUGGGCUACGUAUCAUUGUCCAAGUGCCAAAUAUAUACUUAAAUUAGACGAUGAUGUUUUUGUUCAUAUGCCUGCCAUGUUGGAUUUCUUGAACCGCGAUCUAUCGCCUUGGGGUGCCAGACGGCUGAUUCUUUGCGAUCUCCUCCCAAUGGGUAACGUCAAAAGAUCCUAUCGUUCCAAGUGGAGAGUAUCACCCCAGGAAUAUCCUGGUAGACAUUAUCCCACUUAUUGUGCCGGAUGGGCCAUAUUGUACUCUCCCGAUAGCGUAUUCCUUUUGUAUCGCGAAGCUCAGAAGGAGCCAUAUUUCUGGAUCGACGAUAUCCACAUUACAGGGACGUUAGCUAGGAAAGUAAAUUUAACGCAAACCUCUCUGCAUGACUGGGUGCUAAACAACGAGAACAUGCAGGACCUUGUGUCCAAUCCGAGUUCUCGUAAGGACUUUCUGUUCGGACCUCCGAAUUUAACGGGAAACGAAAUAAGAGUCUUACAGAGUCUGGUCACUAAACCACGGCCUAGCAGCGAAAGCCUAUUAAACUGAAACACAUUUCGGUCAUAGCGUACGAAACUUUUCGUUUUACCGCAACAGAAGAACUCUGGUGGCUAAUAUUUGUCCUGCUUCUCGCAGAGUCUCAAUUUUGUCUAGCCAUAAAUUCCUUGGACAUGUGUGUUCAAUUCUUUUGCACAGUAUUUAAGUAUUAUAUUAUAUCACAGGGACUUUCACGUCGAAUCGCGCAUUUAUUUAUAGCAUUCUGUUCUCCUGUAAUUAUUACACAGCGAGAGAGAAAGUGUACAUAUGUGUGUCUAUUUCUUUUGAAAUAGAGAAUACGCGCGUCCCUCGACUUACGCGACACUUUUUAUAUGUUCAGUCUUGUCGUGUAUAGUCACGUACGCAUAAUAGCACGCGUCCUAUAAAUUCAUAAACCUCACGAACCCUAUUGAAAGUAUAUCAACUUCAUAAUCAUUAUCAUAUUCACCACUUAUCUCUUAUAAGCUUAUUUACGAUUAAUGUAAAUUUGUUAAGCUUCGGAUUGUUGCGGCUAAACAUACUAUACAGAUUUUAGUAUCUUUAUCAUCUUUAUGUACGUGGUUUUUUUUUUUUUUUUACUGUGUAAGAAAUAAUGCGGCAUGGAACGUACUUUCUGCUUAAAUCGAGGGGCGAAUGUAUUUAGGUUUUAAUGGAACGCGUUUAAAUUAAGACUUUUUUAAGGGUGUCCGGUUCGAUGUGAAAUACGCCAUGUCGACGCACUACAAUAUUUGUACAUAUUAUUUGUCUAUACUUGUGAUUCAUUUACACAUAAUUAACGACUAAGUAAUCCUUUUUUAGUGAUUUGGAUGAUUGAAAAAUGGAUGCAAGACUCAUAACAAUUAAUACUUUGUAAGAACAGUGGGUUAAAUAUCACGCGAUGAAAGUAAAUAAUGCGAAGAUUAAUGGGUAAUCAGGUUCACGAGAGAAAAGAUUUAUCGAUAGAGUGUGUUUUACAAAAUGUGGGCAUAAUUUCGGAUGUGACGCAAAUAUAAUAAGAACAUUUAUAUCCUCGUCAUUGUAUAUUGUUCUUAAGAGAAUAAAUUCAAGUGAUUCAUGUGUCAUCGUAAAAA